GGACCGGUCUGAGCCGGUCUCCGGCGCAGGCGCAGUGCGGAUAAACAGGAAGCGGGCGGUAGAAGCAGCGGUGGUGGAGACCUAGGGGCUUUGAGGGGGAACAGCGGAAGAGCUAAGAUUAUCGGGAAGCAGCAGAAGCUAACUGCGACCAAGAAAAGGAGGUUUGGCUAUCUGCCUCCAGAGAACGAGAGGUCGCGGCCUCGCCCUCCGCUUGGGCUUCCGGCUCCCCAGCUUAGGCUGAGGCAGCGGCUGACAAAGGGCUCGCGCCGGUGCCGCCGCCCUUCUCAUCCGGGCAUUCGGGUCCCUGCGGAAGGGAGGGGGAAGGGCAGAGGGGGAGGGGAAGGAGCACGAAGGGCGCGCGCUUGGAGCCGAGGCCCUUUCCAGGGCUCCGGGCCGGCGGCCCAACGGACGGAGGCCGAGGAGGACCUGCAGAGGUGGCGGCGGCCGGGGGCAGGAGGAUGGUGCAGAAGGAGAGCCAGGCGGCGCUGGAGGAGCGGGAGAGCGAGCUGAACUCCAACCCUGCUGCUUCCGCGGGGGCAUCGUUGGAGCCGCCAGCAGCUCCGGCCCCCGGAGAAGACAACCCAGCCGGGGCCGGGGGAGCAGCGGUGGCUGGGGCUGCAGGAGGAGCUCGGAGGUUCCUAUGUGGCGUAGUGGAAGGAUUUUAUGGAAGACCUUGGGUUAUGGAACAGAGAAAAGAACUCUUUAGAAGGCUCCAGAAAUGGGAAUUAAAUACAUACUUGUAUGCCCCAAAAGAUGACUACAAACAUAGGAUGUUUUGGCGAGAGAUGUAUUCAGUGGAAGAAGCUGAGCAACUUAUGACACUCAUCUCUGCUGCACGAGAAUAUGAGAUAGAGUUCAUCUAUGCUAUCUCACCUGGAUUGGAUAUUACCUUUUCUAACCCCAAGGAAGUAUCUACAUUGAAACGCAAACUGGACCAGGUUUCUCAGUUUGGGUGCAGGUCAUUUGCCUUGCUUUUUGAUGAUAUUGACCAUAAUAUGUGCGCAGCAGACAAAGAGGUAUUCAGUUCUUUUGCUCAUGCCCAGGUCUCCAUUACAAAUGAAAUUUAUCAAUACCUAGGAGAGCCAGAAACUUUCCUCUUCUGUCCCACAGAAUAUUGUGGCACUUUCUGUUACCCAAAUGUGUCUCAGUCUCCUUAUUUAAGGACUGUGGGUGAAAAGCUUCUCCCUGGAAUUGAGGUGCUUUGGACAGGUCCGAAAGUUGUUUCUAAAGAAAUUCCAGUGGAGUCUAUUGAAGAGGUUUCUAAGAUUAUUAAGAGAGCUCCAGUAAUCUGGGAUAACAUUCAUGCUAAUGAUUAUGAUCAGAAGAGACUAUUUCUGGGCCCAUACAAAGGAAGAUCCACAGAACUCAUCCCACGGUUAAAAGGAGUCCUUACUAAUCCAAAUUGUGAAUUUGAAGCCAACUAUGUUGCUAUCCACACCCUUGCCACCUGGUACAAAUCAAACAUGAAUGGAGUGAGAAAAGAUGUAGUGAUGAGUAGGCAAGUUGCACACAGUGGAGCUAAAGCAAGUGUAGUUGAUGGGACUCCCUUAGUUGCAGCACCCUCUUUAAAUGCCACAACUGUAGUCACAACAGUUUAUCAGGAGCCCAUUAUGAGCCAGGGAGCAGCCUUGAGUGGUGAACCUACAGCUCUGACCAAGGAAGAAGAAAAGAAACAGCCAGAUGAGGAACCCAUGGACAUGGUAGUAGAAAAACAAGAAGAAACAGACCACAAGAAUGACAAUCAAAUACUCACUGAAAUUGUUGAAGCUAAAAUGGCUGAGGAAUUGAAACCAAUGGACACAGAUAAAGAGAGCAUAGCUGAAUCAAAAUCCCCAGAGAUGUCUAUGCAGGAAGAUUGCAUUAGUGAUAUUGCCCCUAUGCAGACUGAUGAACAGACAAACAAGGAACAGUUUGUGCCAGGUCCCAAUGAAAAGCCUCUGUAUACUGUGGAACCAGUGACUUUGGAGGAUUUGCAGUUGCUUGCUGACCUGUUCUACCUUCCUUAUGAGCAUGGACCCAAAGGAGCGCAAAUGUUACGGGAAUUCCAGUGGCUUCGAGCAAAUAGCAGUGUUGUCAGUGUCAAUUGCAAAGGAAAAGACUCUGAAAAAAUUGAAGAAUGGCGGUCACGAGCAGCCAAGUUUGAGGAGAUGUGUGGACUGGUGAUGGGAAUGUUCACUCGACUCUCCAAUUGUGCCAACAGGACAAUCCUUUAUGACAUGUACUCCUAUGUUUGGGAUAUCAAGAGUAUAAUGUCUAUGGUGAAGUCUUUUGUACAGUGGUUAGGGUGUCGUAGUCAUUCUUCAGCACAGUUCUUAAUUGGAGACCAAGAACCCUGGGCCUUUAGAGGUGGUCUAGCAGGAGAGUUCCAGCGUUUGCUGCCAAUUGAUGGGGCAAAUGAUCUCUUUUUUCAACCACCCCCACUGACUCCUACCUCCAAAGUUUAUACUAUCAGACCAUAUUUUCCUAAAGAUGAGGCUUCCGUGUACAAGAUUUGCAGAGAAAUGUAUGACGAUGGAGUGGGUUUACCUUUUCAAAGUCAGCCUGACCUUAUUGGAGACAAGUUAGUAGGAGGGCUGCUUUCCCUUAGCCUGGAUUACUGUUUUGUCCUAGAAGACGAAGAUGGCAUAUGUGGUUAUGCCUUGGGCACUGUAGAUGUGACCCCCUUCAUUAAAAAAUGUAAAAUUUCCUGGAUUCCCUUCAUGCAGGAGAAGUAUACCAAGCCAAAUGGUGACAAAGAACUCUCCGAGGCUGAGAAAAUAAUGUUGAGUUUCCAUGAAGAGCAGGAAGUGUUGCCAGAAACUUUCCUUGCCAACUUCCCUUCUCUGAUAAAGAUGGAUAUUCAUAAAAAAGUAACUGACCCGAGUGUAGCCAAAAGCAUGAUGGCUUGCCUCCUGUCUUCACUGAAGGCUAAUGGCUCCCGGGGGGCUUUCUGUGAAGUGAGACCAGAUGAUAAAAGAAUUCUGGAAUUUUACAGCAAGUUAGGCUGUUUUGAAAUUGCAAAAAUGGAAGGAUUUCCAAAGGAUGUGGUUAUACUUGGUCGGAGCCUGUGAAAUUUGUUGGCACUAUGAACUGUCGGAAAGUCUCUGAACUUCACUUGGUUGGUGGUGGUUGGGGUCUUCAUACAGUUCAGCCUCUGGAAUGGCAAAAUUAAUCAGCCAAUUGGGAUUGGAAACGAAGACUAUGUAAAACUCACCCAUCACACUUUGAGAUUACUCACUGGUUGGAAGGUUGUAUUGAUGCAAAUCCUGUCUGAAACAGAUGUGGGCCUCCUUUGUGGGUCUUGUGUUAGGUGCCAAGACCUCUUACAUGGGCUUAUAGGGAGGGGGUCUUCAAUAAAUGUAGUCAGCACUG